CGUCACAUCCUUAAAUAUUUUUAAUUAUGAUUCACAUUAUAAAAUAAUGUUAACAGCGUAAAAUAAUGUGAACAGUGUAAAAUAAUGUGAACAGAGUAAAAUAAUGUUAACAGUGUAAAAUGAGUGAAACGACGUUUUUGGGAACGCCGGUGACGAGGCAUGACAUUGACGACAUCCAGAUAAAUGUGAGGAGUAAGCGGGGCAGGGAAUACUUGGAAUCGAAGGAGCUGAGGUACCGCCAAAACAGAGAACAAAUUAAAAAAAACACACCCAAAAUACUCUACACAGUAGACACCGAAGAAGGUUGGAUACCGUCGGAGUUUAAGUCAUCAAAGAGUAACAGAGCGAAUUAUAACUUUCAAACCCUCGCCAACUUCACCGAUCAAGAUGAUGUAAAUGACUUACUCAAGGGAGAGGGAGAGGGAGCUAAUUUAGUAUAUACCCCUAAAGGGAGCUAA